GCCUAAAGAAAGGCAGUUGAGGAGUCACAGGACAGGAGGCGUCGGCCGGCACACAACAGGACGAGAGAAAUGGCAAAUUUUUCAGGCACCUGGAAAAUGAAAAGCAGCGAGAAUUUUGAUGAGUUGCUCAAAGCUCUGGGUGUGAACGCCAUGCUGAGGAAGGUAGCAGGGGCGGCUGCAUCCAAACCCCAUGUGGAGAUAAAACAGAGUGGUGACCACUUCUACAUCAAGACCUCCACGACUGUACGCACCACGGAGAUCAACUUCAUCGUAGGCGAGGAGUUCAACGAGGAGACGGUGGAUGGCAGAAAGUGUAAGAGUUUGGCCACGUGGGAGACGGAAAACAAGAUUUAUUGCAAACAGACUCUGCUGAGCGGGAACGGUCCAAAAACCUUCUGGAGCCGAGAACUCAAAGGGGAUGAACUCAUUUUGAUCUUUGGAGCAGACGAUGUGAUCUGUACACGGAUCUACGUACGAGCACAGUAGACAUCUCCGUUCCUCCAAAUUAACUCACAACUGACACCCUGUUGAUGUCUGAAAUUUAGCACCUUGCAAAAGUAUAUAUAAACCACCAACUUUUUUUUUUUUUUUACAUUUUUUUAACUACAAGAAAAACUUGCAUAUUUUAUUGUGAUUGUGGAUAUUUGGGUAGUUUAAAAAAUACCAACUUUUCCAAUCUACAGAGUAUUUUUGCCCUGUCUACAUAACAUCCCCCAGCAUGAUGAUACCAUGCUUAACAUAGUAUUUAAUUUGCUUAAUUUAGGUUCACAUGUCACAUUUUGCAUGAGGUAUCAUCUGUUCAGAGCACCUUCUUCUCUUCUGCUGACUCCAACAUGGCCUGUGGCAAACUGCUUUGGUUUCAACAACGGUUUUCGUCUUGCUGCUCUUCAGUGAAGGUCAGAUUCUUAGAAUGAACACCAAACAGAUGCAGUGCUGACAGAUUCCCACACCUGAGCUGGUCUGCAACUGUGCCACUUUCCCUUUUCAGAUAACAGAUCAAACAGUGCUCAAUUUGAUCUUCAAAUUUUGGGUUUUCAUUUCAGAAGCCAAGUCUACUUUUUCUACUACUAACCUGUCUUUAACUUUAUCCCUGAUGUCUCUGGUUAGUAUAUCUUUUUUGAAAAUAAUACCCCCCUUGCUGUCAUAAAACAAUGUUACAAUUAUACCCUUAUCCCACCUUGAAGUGUUUUCUUGAAAAAGGCUAAAGAGGUUUGUGGCCAUAAUGUGACAAAAUGUAAAAAAGUUCAAGGAGUAUGGAUACUUUUGCAAGGCACUUUAACCUUGACGGUGUGCUGCAUUUUUGUAUAGCAACGUAAUUUAGAAAAUAGAUUUUUGCUUUUUCUUGUGCUUAAUUUUGUGGUUUUAAUUUUUUUUCCCCACAACAAAGGCAGAACUAACUGGUCUAAUCUGAAUAAAAAUGCUCAGAAUGUUUGAUGCUGAACCCUCCAUCCAUUCUUCUGUACACACAUAUCCAAUAGAGAUGAAAAGAGUCUUUUAGGGCAGUUUUGGGACUAUAAGACUAAGCCGGAGUAUCCAAGGGGAAUCCAGACAAGAACAUGGAGAAAGAGCUAAACCAAGAUAAACAGCUGACAUGCAAAACGUGUUACUAAAAACCAAGGCAAACAAGUUUCUGUCUACUCAAAGGGUAUUUUAAUGCCAAACACCAUACUAACACUCAUGUACAACAUCAUAUAAGUCAAAAGAAGUGACACAUUAAACUAGGUGUAAACAAUCUCUGUAUGUACAAUCGGCUCCCCCGGGACUUCCUCUGUAUUUCUGUAACAAACACGGCAAAUAGAAAAAUAAAAACCCAGGUAUUAAACUAUUUCAAGAUUGUCUGCAGCGGGUUAUAUUACUGACCGCUGCCUUUAGUGAACCUUCAG